AUGGUUCGCGAAAAUAUGUCCGAGCUUUACGAAGCUCUCUGCGAAGAACAUCAGAUAAAAAUAAAUCAACACAUUGUGGAAGUUUUAGAGAAGACGGCGGAGACUGAUUGUUUCGCCUUAAACCUGAGCGGAAACAACCGAGUGAGACGCGUUCAAAGACUCAGCAGUGAAGACCUUCUCCUUCUGUCCAAGUGUCUGCGAAACAGGAGUGUGACAGGUCUUGAUGUGAAGUACAAUAACAUAACAGAUGAAGGGGUUGGACACCUGGCUGAACUCUUACAGGAGGAGAGUUCAGCUCUGCGCUGUUUGGACCUGAUGUUCAAUGACAUUCUGGCGGACGGAGCAGAAAUCCUCUCUAAGAGCCUGCAGUGUAACAGCACCUUGCUCUCUCUCAGGCUCUCAGGUAAUAAGAUCGGGAACAGAGGAGCCAUGCACCUGGCCAGCAUGCUGCAGGUGAACAACACCCUGCGAGAGCUGGAGCUGGCGGACUGCGACCUGUUCACUCAGAGCGUGAUCGCGCUCACCAUCGUGUUGAAAAGCAACAGAACUCUUCGCUCUGUCGACAUCAGCCGGCCGCUGCUCUUCAGCCACCAGGAGGAGUGGGCGGUGCACUGCUCUGAGAUGCUGGCGGUGAACGGCAGCCUGGUGGAGCUCCACCUGGGCAAGAUGGGGAUGACCGACACCGGGAUGGAGAGGCUGACCGAAGGCCUGAGGCUCAACCGCAGCCUUCGCUUCCUGGACCUGCGCUGUAACCGCGUGACUCGUGACGGCGUGAAGCAUCUGGCUGAGGUGCUGAAGCAGAACCCGACCCUGGAGAUCAUAGAUCUGUCGUCCAAUCGGAUCGAAGAUGAGGGCGCUGCGUACCUGAGUGAAGCCAUCACCUGGCCAGGCUGCACCCUGAAAGAGCUGUCAGUCAACAGUAACAACAUCAGGACGGAGGGUCUGCUGUCUCUGACUCAGGCUCUGAAAGCAAACACCACUCUAACACACAUCUACAUCUGGGGAAACCACGUGGAGGAGCCUGUCUGCCAGGCCUUCAGAGAGCUGAUGUCCAGCGGACGCCUGCUGCCAGAGCAGACAGACGUCAGCCCGUACGAGGUGGACGGUCGGGUGUUUCUCGCCGAGGUCUUCCAGAAUUUGAGGAGACAUUAUUACAGCACAGACAGCUCAGAAACAGAGACAUGCUCCGUCUCAAACCCCGCCCCCAGCCCAGACUCCACCUUUCCACAGCUCACAGAGAACCAGGACCCUGUUCCUCUGCAGCCCUGCUGAGCUCUCAUUAAACCCAAAACCUCCAACAGACAGAGACUCAGACAUGGACAAAAGAAGACACUUAAAAACUGACUGAAAUGUGUACAAACAUCAAAAGAACCAUAAAUGAUCCAAAGAUGCUAAAAAGUCGUGAACUCACAAACUAGUGACGAGA